UUAUGAUUCUCACUGGUUUCAACUCAACAUUCACUAAUCAGAUUACUAUAUAUUUAUCUAAGUAUAUACUUUAUCAUCUGUCACUACACUGGUUUACAAAUAGUAGAUAAUUCAAUAAGCUUCUUUGUCCUUUAAGAAUGUGUAACAUUACAUGAUUAUCUAACUGAUUGUUUUGAUAUAUUCACAAGAGUUAGAAAAAAGAGAAAAGCAAAAGGCGAUUUUAAUAGAAAGGAAAAUAAUUCUGUUUUUAUUAGCAGGAUUUUUUGAAAGCGCUAGGAAAACUCUCUCAUUCACUACUGGGUGCAUCAAAGAAUAAUUACACUAUUGUCUAGCAGAUGUAACGUGCCAAUGAUUGCUAGCAGACAAAAAUUGAACCAGCACUUCCUUAUUUGGCACAUUCGUACUUGAAUCAGCUAAGAAGAAUGUUCGACCUUCUGAAUAAAAGGGAAGUGACCCAGGAAUUUUUUCUGCUUUCUUAAUAAAUAUUUUUGGUUCUUAAGAAGUCGAUCUUCCCUUUGCUAUUCCUUUAAGUCUUCUGUCGUGUAAAUAGCAUCUUCAAUUAAAAGUAGCAUACAUUAACUGUUAAAUUACGGAUUUAUGCGCCAGCGUGUCUGGAGGCAGUUCAUUUGUCUUUUUCCCCCCUUUACUCUUCGGACAUCCAUAUUUAUUUCUUACAUACCUUUAAGGGUUUCCCCCCUAUCCGGAGCUGUUUUUCCGCAUUAAAUAAAUGACUUCACACAAAAUGUAUAUAAAUAACUAGACCUGUAUAAUAUGAAUUACAGUUUUUAGUAAGUCGCUGUAUAAAUUUUUAUGAAAGCGGAAUUAAAAAAAAAACUCGUCGUUUUAUGUGCAUUUGUUUUGUACCACGCGAGGAAAAUUUUGCGGAGUAGUUCGGGGUUUUGUUAGAAGUAGGAAGUUGCUAAUUCGUAUUAUAAUGCGCAUCACAUGACCUGCCAACAGUAAUAAAAACUAGCUAUUGUUGUUGCUAUAGUAACGAUGUCGGGUCAAUUUAGGUACGGUCAAAACACAUUUAAUUUUCGAUCGUUUUUAAUAAACUCUAGUACUCGAGCAGAGAAUUUAUUAAGCGUUCAUACGCUAUUUUCUUCAGUUAAGAAUAUGAUCUCUCUAUUUUUUUUGUUGUUUUGUUUUUGAGUUAAUUAUUGUUUUUCUGGCCACAAAGAAGUAUUGUUCUCACUCUAGUAAGACUUUUAGAGUCGUUUUACAUAAACAAUACUCUGUUGUAUACAAUUUUUUUGUGCGUUUUUAAAGAAAAAGGAAAAAAAAAUUAACACGGAUCCAGUUUCAGUUUAUGCUUAUAACCCGAUAAUUUUUAAAUUAAUGCGCAUAAAAAAUCCGGUUAAUGAAGAAAUUUGCAUGUUGAAGGCACGCUUGUCUUAAAAGGCCCUAGAUUUUUUGCUGGGCGGAACGGUUUGGAUUAUAAUUUUGCCUCUGGCUAUAGUUUUACCGGUUGCUGCUAAUUUACCGAAAACUUUAAUUUACGAUUUUGAUACAUCAAAACAGUUCGAUUUAUAGAAUUUUGUUUUUUUUCUACGGCCAUAUAUCAUCGUCCACUUCAAAGUUAAGAGGAUGCUUUGUGAAAUGAAGUAUUUAAAAGAUUACAUACGUUUAUGAAAGAUUAACUCGAUCACAUCGUAAUCGCCCGGUAUAUAAACGCAAUUUUCAGUUAUCUAAUUAGCAUUUUUAAGGUUUUACUUGCGCUAGUUACGAAAAAAUCAUUUUCCUUUCUUGAUAAAUGAGUGGGACGAAUUUAUGCAGAUCCCGCCCGUUGCACAAAUUCCUACCUGGUCGUCCUGAUCAUUGCACCUCCAAGGACAUCACCGUUCAGGUAUCAUGUAAAGUAUAGGGGGCGGUGAAGGACGUCAUGACGUCACUUCGCGCCGUACCAAUCCGCUAACGUGGUAGCACGGCUCUUAGAUGUUUACGGACGGUUCCAUCAGAAAGACAUCAGACAUGGGAAAGAAUAGUGGUUAAUAGUUUGGCUCCUAUUUAAAAAUUUUUUUUUAUAUUCUAAUUGUGGAAUAAACAUGAAAGUGUUCGAAGGAAACCACACCUUCACCCUCCCCAAUCCUAAGAAGAACAGGGUGAGUUGCAUUCAGACUGUACAGAACUGUCUGGCUAAAGCGCUGUACGACAAUGCUGCAGAGGCACCGGACGAGUUGGCAUUCCGCAAGAAUGAUAUCCUGACAGUACUGGAGCAGAACCCCAACGGCUUGGAGGGAUGGUGGUUGUGUUCGUUACGUGGAAGACAAGGGAUCGCGCCGGGCAACAGGCUGAGACUCUUGCCAGGAAUGUACGAUCCCACGGGAUUAGGAUAUGCCAGUGAAGGAUGGACUUCGAGUGGCACCUAUCCCGGCCCGGGGAACAGACAUUCGAGACGUAGGAGCUGGCACAUAAACCCCAAUAAGGUUAUCACUCCACAGAAGAUUGGAGAUGUCUAUUUAUAUGAUGUACCAGUUGGUCAUAAAAGUGUGGAACCCAGUGAGACUCCUCACUCAUCAACGUUACCAAAUCGAAGAUUUUUACAACCAAAUAUUGUUGCACAGAAUCUCCAAGGUGGUAGUUAUGAUACUCCUCCAAGCCCAAGAUUAGUAAAGACGCAGGAAGCCUACGAUGAACCUCGGCCUCUCGCUCAGUGUUUUGGAAUACCUCCUCCUCCUGAUAUAUCUGCUCUUGAUGAACAGAGAUCACAUACUUCGGUGUCAUCAGAUUCUUCGACAAUAAGCAGUACUUACAGCAUUCCAAAAAGUCAUGAUUAUGAUGUACCUAGUUCGGAAGAUAGUGGGACUUAUGAUGUUCCAGCACCAUCAAGGCACACCUCUACUACAGAUAGUUUGUCACUUUCUGAUACUUACGAUAUUCCUACGUCAAAACUUAUUUGUGACAUUCCUGCAUCUAAUAGGUCAAGUGGUGUGUCUGUUCUUUCAGCUAGUUCUUCCUCAUUUUUCUCACCAUCUAGUGGACAUUCAAGUUUGAGUCCUUCAUUAUCUUUAUCUAGUUUAUGUGGUUCCAAUAGAUCCAGUCUAGAACAGCAUUCCCAUGAACUCUAUGACAUUCCACCUCCUGAACCAAGACCAAUAGCCAAUCUUAAGGGAUCACCAGCCAAAACAAAUAUUAUUCAAUCUUCAAUUCCAACACUUUCUCAUGUAAGUAUUAAUGAAGUUUAUGACAUUCCUGCUAAUAAUGCUCCAACAGAAUGCUAUGAUGUUCCUCCAGCUCCAAAACUUGCACAGGCUCCAUCAUUGGAAGGUGUAUAUGAUGUGCCACCUCAAGUUACACGGGACACCAGUCCUACACCAGUGGCUCUAGAAGAAAAUUUAGAAAAUAGGCUUACAGUUAGUAAAGAUCCAGGUAUUACAAAAGACAUACAAUCUUUAAAAGGAAAAGAAUUAUUACUAGAUUUGGAUGCAGCUAUGGAAAUAUUAGUAAAAUUACAACAAGAAGUACAAAGUGCCAUAUCAAAGUUAUUUAGCUUCAUUAGUGCUAGCUGGAGGAGGAAAGAUGUAAUGGAUAAUAAAAUUAAUGAUAUUCAAGUAGCUUGUUAUAAAAUUGAUGCCAGUCUAAAAGAAUUUUUAAAUUUUUCACAUGGUGCUUUGGCUAAUUCAACUCAUGCAGCUGAUAAAACUUUAUCUUGUAAAUUGGCAAAUUUACUCAAACCUUUGGUUGACUCAAGCCAAAUAGUUCAAGUAUCAAUUCAAGCUCUAGAUAAUAAAGGUUGGCAAGUUUCAAAAUUUAUAUCAUCUGAUGAUACAAAUAAUCCCGACGAAUUGGACCAAUUAGUUGCCUGUGCUCAGGGUAUAAUUGAAGAUGUACGACCAGUGGCAUCAUUCAUUAGAGGAAAUUCUGUUCUUAUUUUCAAACGUUCACAGCACAUAAAUGAAACAAAGAAACCACCCAUUGCACCAAAACCAACUGACCUCAAAGCAAAAUUGGAAUUUCAGAAAUUAUCUUCAAUGAACAAACUUCAAGAAAGGCCGCUUCCUUUACCACCUCCAAAUAAAAGUCAUUUGUCUGAGAAAAGUUCUUUCCCGUCAAGUGAAGUCAAAGAUGUUGUAAAUGACUAUGAAUAUGUUAAUCUUGAAUCCAAAGACUCUGUUGAAAAAUCAAAUAAGUGUUUAAGGACAGACAGUAAUAAAACAGAUGAGAAAAUCGAGAAUGUAAUUGAACAGUCAGAAAACAUGAAAGAUAAAGUAAUACAACCACCACCAAAGUUGCUCGACACAAAAGAUGUACAGAUGCUGCAAUUUUAUAGUGCUCAAGCAGAAUCUCAUGUUCUGUAUCUUACAAAUGCAAUUGAUGGCUUUCUGUCAGCUAUAGAAAACAACCAACCUCCCAAAGUUUUCAUUGGGCAUAGUAAAUUUGUUGUGAUCAGUGCUCAUAAAUUAGUAUAUAUUGGUGAUACUGUUCAGUGUCAUGUUACAAACCAAACAGUGAAAUCUCAAGUAAUGCAGUGUGCAAAUAAUUUAUGUGAUUCCUUAAAAACAUUGGUAGCUAAUACAAAGAAAGCAGCUUUACAGUUUCCUUCAGUUGCAGCUGUUCAAGAAAUGGUUGACAGUGUUGUAGAUGUUUCCCAUCUUGCUAAUGAUCUCAGAAUGAUCAUUCUUCAGGCAGCAGAACUUUAAUAUUGUCUGUAAAAGUGAUAAUUCUUUUUAUACAUAUUUUCAUGAACUUUCGAAUUUUAUUAAGUAUUUUCAAUUUCAAGAGAGAUCAUUAAUUAACUGGUGCAAUGUAACAAUAAUUAUUAUUAUGUAAAUUUCCUCCCAAAAUUUUCAAAUUGUUUCCUCACAGAGAAUGUGAUAAAUAUUUCAAAAGCUGCCAUAUUAGAAAUAGCAUUUUAUUUACUUUGUUUUAUGUUUUAUUGAGGAGUUGAAUCUUUUAUUUUUAUUAUUUUUUUUUAUAUAUAUAAUAGUUGCCAUUUUCAAAUAGUUGUUAAUACAUUCACCUGUUGAUAGUAUGAAUAGACUUUAUCAAAAUAUCACUAAAUGGGGUUAAAUUGUGAUUUAUUAUUUUUGAGACAGUUUUAUUUGAAAGCGGUAUUCAGAACUACGACAACUGAUUUGCCUGAUUUUUUUUAAGCAAGAAUACCCGAACAAAGCAAUUGUUUUAAAUCAAUUCUCUGUUAUUGCUGUACAAUUUUAAAAAUUUAGAAAUUAAUUUUUAUUCUGGAAAUAUUGGUGUUUUGUUUUAAUAAAACUAGAUUGGGAGUCCUAAUUGCA